AUGUGCACAAAACUAAAUAUUGCUAAUUCUAAUUCAAAUGUAAUGCUUUAUUUGAAAUUGAGAGAAAGUGGUUGUGAUAAAGUUUAAGCACGUUAAUUUUGCCGUAAGAAUUUUUGUAAGGUAUAAUAUAUUUUUAUAAUAUUAUAUAGAUAGAUUAAACUCAAAAAUCUAUUGGUCCACCAGGUCAUAAAGUUUUAAAAUUACAUCCUAAUCGUUUAUAAGGAGAAAAGGGAUGGCAACCAGGAUUUAUGAUGAAAUAUGAUUUAGGUAGCGGUUACAGAGACUCUAAAGGUAUUUGUAUCGUAAUGAAAUAUUAGAUUUAGUAGAAGAAUAAACUCCAGCUGAAGAAGCAAUCUUGAAAUAAUAUGAAAAAUAUGAAAAAAAGAAGAAUGCUGUACUUUUAUAAAAAAUGUUGGCAGUCAAAAAUUAUGCUGAUUCAUUAAGACCUCCUAAAAUAGAUGUGUUUAGUAAAGAUAGUUUAGAUAGGAUAAGGAAAAUAUCUUAAGAAUUAUAUGAAAAUUAAUAGAAACCUAAAAAAUAUUUUGAAUAAGGCAAUAUGAAAUUUUAUGAACUUGCUGAUUAUAUAUCAACUCAUCGUUCAGGUUAAUUAAAUGAUUUGAGAAUUAAUUUUGAUCCUAUUGUCAAUACAUAGAUAAAAUUAAAAACUGAAAAUUCAUAAUAUUUAAGUCCAACUAAAAGUUUUAAAAGAUAAACAACAAUUAGUACUAUUGAAAAAGGAGCUAAUUUAAUUAUGGCUUUUUAGAAUUAAACUCCUAUUAAUGAAGAAUUGGAUACAAAAUCAACUAAUUAAAAUAAUGAAGUAACAUCAUAAUUAAUAAGAUUUAAUCAUCAUAAAUUAGAAUUAGCUGAAGAAUUCAAUUCAUCUUAAUAUUUAUUUACUCCAUCUAGUGCUCAUACAAGAUAAGCAAGUUAAAUUGAUUAGAAUGAUGAAGCAGUUAAAUGUUUUGUAUAACAAUUUUAUGAUAAACAAUACAAUGAUAAAGUUAUUCCCUCGACAAAAAGAAAUCUAAGAUUACGUGCAAUAGUAAAUAGUGGAAUUCCUAAAUAAGAGCCAUCCAAAUAAAUUAUUAAAAAAGGAGGAAAAAGAUUAAGCAUGUGA